CUAAGCCGAAGCAGCUCUCUCCAGUGCUCUCCUUCACCUUCUUUCUCGGCUUGGAUUCUAUCCAUGGGGGGCUCAUCGUCUUCUUGGAUUCUCGGUUGGGAGAGAGAGAGAGAGAGAGAGAGAGAGAGAGAGAGAGAGAGAGAGAGAUUGCAGCAGAGGAGAAGGUGCAGAGAGACAGUGGGGAACAGAAAGUGACGGAGGGUGGAGGCUAGAGAGAGUAAAGGUGAAGAGUGGGCCGCCCCCUUUGAACUUGUGGCGAUCAAUGAAAGGAGUGGUGGUGGGAGGCUGACGUAGAGGGACAGGAGUGCAAUAUCAAUCAUCAGUCUAUAAGAAGACACGCAUGCACAUGCACGCUUCGAAAAAGCCAACACCACAACAACUGCUUUCCAUCUCCCGCUUCCCUUGCCCCGUUCACCCCCAAGCCCACACCAUGCCGGAAACUGCGUCGCACGUCGCCGACGACCAUGACGACAAGCCCCACGUGGCGGUCCUGGCGAACUCGGGGCUCGGCCACGUCAUCCCCCUCCUCGAGUUCGCGAAGCGCCUUGUCGUCGGCCACGGCUUCCGCGUCACCUUCCUCGUGGUCACCACCGUCGACCCGACCCCAGCUCAAGACCAGCUACUAAAUGCGCCAGGCCUCCCGCAUGACCUGCACGUGCUCGGCCUCCCGGCCGUCGACACCGCCUCCAUCGUCCCGGAAGACUGCCGUGUCCUCACCCGCAUAUGCUUCGUCGUCGAAGCAAGCCUCAAGAGCCUCGAAGCCACGCUCAUCGAGCUGAGCCCGAAGGUGCUAGUUGUAGACUUAUUCUGCACUCAAGCCUUCGACGUCGCUGGCAAGCUCAGCAUCCCGACCUACUCGUUCUUCACGUCGUCGGCCACGAUGCUCGCGUUCUCGUUGUACCUGCCGACGCUCGACCGCGAGGUGACGGGCGAACUGGUGGACCUGCCAGGGCUGGUCCGGGUCCCUGGUUGCCCGUCGAUCCGACCGGACGACCUGCUGGACCAGGUGAAGGACCGAAAAAACGAGGAGUACCGGUGGUACCUGUACCACGUCAGCCGGUUGCCGACGGCAGCCGGGAUCUUCCUGAACACCUGGGAGGGCCUCGAGCCAGGUGCGCUCCGGGCGCUGAGCGAGGACUCCUUCUAUAGGCAGGUGCCGGUUCCACCGGUCCACGCGAUCGGGCCGCUCGUGCACGGCGAUGGUGACACGGAGGGGCUGCGCUCGACGGAUGCCGAGUGCCUCACGUGGCUGGACGGGCAACCGGAAGAGUCGGUCGUGCUGGUGUCGCUGGGAAGCGGCGGGACGCUGACGAGGGAGCAGCAGGUGGAGAUGGCCUGGGGUCUGGAGCUGAGCCAACAGAGGUUCUUGUGGAUCGUUCGGAAGCCCACGGAUGCCUCUGCCUCGGCUGCGUUUUUCAACGUGGGGAGCGACGAGGAAGACGAUCUGACCAAGUAUCUACCACAAGGUUUCCAGGAGAAGACUCGAGAGGUAGGCAUGGUGGUGUCCUCUUGGGCUGCCCAGGUGGCCAUACUGAGCCACCCCUCGAUCGGAGCAUUCCUAUCGCACUGCGGUUGGAACUCAUCUGUCGAGAGCUUGGCCAAAGGCGUGCCGAUGAUAGCCUGGCCGCUCUAUGCGGAGCAGAGGACAAACGCAACGAUGCUGGUGGAAGAUGUCGGCGUUGCCAUUAGGCCGUCAAUCGAGGGGGGAAGGAAGGUGGUGGGAAGGAAGGAGAUCGAGAGGGUGGUGAGGGCCGUGAUGAGGGGAGAAGAAGGGAAGAGAAUGAGACGUAGGGCUCGAGAGAUUAGAGAUAGCUCGGUCGAGAGCAUGACCCGUGGCGGGUCGUCUCAAGCAUCGCUUGCCGUUGUGUGUGAAGAUUGGAAGACGAAGUCCAGAGGAUGCGAGGAAGAGCUUUGUGCGGAUCGUGCUUCGUAGAUUGCGUUUGUGUUCUUCUACGAGGACAUACAGCAAGAAUGGAGCUCAUAACUUUGGAUGUCAUAUCCUUUUUGGACGUGAGACAAUAAGAUUUCAUGUUCGAGAGUCGUAAUAAAGAUAUUUUAUUCUUAAUUGAAAAGGACAAAAGUCCGUCUGUA